AUGUGCCAACGGCAUGACGAAACUUACCGAAGUCAUAAGCCAAACAUUCAAUUCCGCGGUGGCAAGGGGCGAUAUACAAAGACGCAGCUCUGCUCAGAUAUCAUCAUCGCGUUCCCUCUGACAUCCCAAGCUCCAAAGGAAUCAGGAUUGGUUCUCUCAGCUGCUGAGAAAACUCUUUUCGCACAAGUUGGCGUCAACGGGUAUUUCUCAUCAGCCGUCCGAAUGAACAAGCUUGGCGACAACCUGACUGUCUCCCAAGAGCUUUUAAACCCUCUCACUCCUUUGAAACCCGAAGGCCAACCUGUAUACUUGACUCCAUUGCAUCCAGGGUCCAACAUCGUCAGCGUUUACUCAGCGGAUGACCCUGCGCACCCAAGUGUCACCUGA